CCCAAACGACCCUUUAUUUUCCCGGCGUUUUUUACCAAUAAUGGCAAAACAAAAGCGGAUGAGUGUGGGUGACUUUCCAUGGUAUAAUCCCGAAGUGACGUCACAAAGGUGAUGAUUAUGGUUAGGAUUACGGUAAGGUUAGGUUAGGGGGUUUACAUAGAUUCUAUGGGGUUUUAGCAACAUAGGACUAAAAUUCGUAGGGUAUGUAUACCGUAGGGACCCAGCAUCCGGCCGUAUCCUGUCAAACUGUCAUGGCGACCAAAACAAAAGAAAUGAUUUGGUUAGAGAGCUUGAAAAAUGCACGAAAAACAAGCUUAGUCCAAGAUGGUACGUACUUGUGAUAGAAUAUUAAUUAUGUACUUUAUCACACUGCCCUUAAAUAAUUACAAACACACUUCUUUUAAAAAAUAAAGACAAGUUUGGGUGCUGUGCCUGUACACACACUAUAUGACUACAAUAUGCAAUAAAUUAACAGGUAGACGAAAAAUCCACUACACCUUUCCUGACAAGGAACUCGUGGAAGAAUAUGAUGUUCAUUCUGGUCUUCUCCUUGGUAAAUAUAUUACACUGUCUCUAUUAAAUUGAGAAGUUGACUUUCUAUAUUUAUAGGAAAUGUUAUAAUUAGCCUGUCUGCCUGCUUGCAGGCAUAUUUUGAAAAUGGAAUAUAUAGGUCUGCUGAACUGCACAUGUGAUCAUAUUCUAUGAUGUAAUUUUGCAUAAAUUAUCAUCUUUGAUUGUAUCCAGGCUAGAAUUGAUCACUGCAAUUCAUCCAUCACAUUUUCGGCCAAACAAACUUUCAAGAAUGUUAUUAGUUAUCUAUGUAUGGAACAUAUGCACCAAUUCCAGUCAGAAAUUGUAUCACAAUACCAGCACCUGUCAUCAUUUUUACAACAACCUUUUUUCUGUCAGUUCGGAAAUGGAAAUCAAGAACUACAUUAGGAGCUGACAAAAAAUGGGAAUUUGAAAUUGGUGAAGAUGUGUCGAUGCCCAGUCCUAUGGAAACUAGCUACAUUGUUGAAAGUAGAAGUAAUGUAAGUUUAAAGCUUAUUGUUUAAAAAUUUUUUUUUUUUUGGGUGGUGGCCAUCUGCCUUACCUAUCCCCUAGUGUCCACCAUAACAACCCUAGUGCACACCUACCCAUCCAAUCCUAGAAUGUUCUUCACUUAUUUUUACUUUCAGCCAAUAUUUGUACGGAAGGAUACCAGGGAGUCAUUUCAGUGGAGAAUACGCAAUCUGCCAUUCAGCAUUGAUGUUUACGAAGUGACUGUUGAUGAGGAUAAAACACAUAUUAUAAUAAGGACAAAGAAUAAAAAGUAAUGCAUUGUUUUGUAUCAAUGAGUACGGGUUUUUUCCUGUGAAGUUCCAGAACACCUUGGACACAUCUGCACAAAGUGAACUACUCAAUAUUAAUAGUCAAUUCUUAUAAAUAAAGUCUGUCACUUACUUAAAGCCUGGUAUCAAGGUAUUAAUGUGGCCAAUGUAGUAGCAUUGCAUUGGAGAUAUUACUCUUUAAUCAGUUGAAGACUGAUUUCCAUACAGUACAUAAAAAUCUCAAACUCAUUAUUUAAUGAUUCAUGAGUAAAUUAGCCAACCAUUAUAUUGCUUUAGUUUGCUGACAUGAUAAUACUGGAUACCUGGUGAAGUUUAUUGAUCCUGUCCUAGGACUGGAUCAAAAUUAAUUCACCUCACUUUAAGUUUUGAUGUAUUCGUAUGAGAUGUCAUUUUAAAUCCGACUAUGAGGACUGGACUAGAUUUCAAGUCCUCGCAUUUCGAUUCAGUCCUCAGCUUCGCCUCUGACUUGAUCAAAUUGUGCUGACUUGACAUCUAGUCCAGUCCUCGUAGUCGGAUUUGAAAUAUUACUAAAAGAAAGAUCCCAACUAGCUGUUUCACACUGGUGACCAUUGAGGGAACCAUAACUUGGUCAUGACAGUUAUGACUAUAUGGAAAUCAGUCUUAAAAUAUAGCUCUGUCUCAUUUUCAAACAUUUAUUCUUUUCAUAACCUCUUUUCUAAUUUACUUUCUCUUCUGAAAAAUAAAUCUUUUGAAUCUUUCAUUUUUUAUCAUUCAUGAAAUCAUAUACAGUACAGUAAUUUACGUUAAUUUCUAUAGGUAUUACAAGAAAUAUCAUAUUCCAGAUAUGGUCAGAAAUAAUCUACGACUGGAUCAUAAAGCUAUUUCAAUAGCUCAUGCAAAUAACACACUCAUUAUUAAGGUAGCAGUGUGUUGCAACCAGUAGUUUAUUAUUGGUGUUUGUGGGGAAAUCUUGUUACUGCUUAACCCAUCAAGUUGCAUUGUGCCUGCUGCCUUGAUGUGCCCUACUUCAUUAUUUUACUCUGUCUAAUGCCAGACAAUUUUACUUCUCAAGGGGAGAGGCUGGAAUACUAAAGUUUAGUCUGGGUUAUGCCAUGAAUCAACAGACAAUUUUAGGAAGCUUGAAAAAAUCCACUAUUCGGGGCCGGUUGUAUAAAAGCCAGUUAGCGUAAUCGUAGGUUAACAAAAUGUUCAAAGCAAUCUUCCUAACAACUUCUUUUUAAACAUGGAAAUAUUUUUCUAAGUCUCUUUUCUACACCAACACCCUGGUGGUGUUAUCUGGCCUUUGUACAACCCCCCUCCCCCAUUAAUUACUGUCACAACUACAAUCUUGGAAAAAAUAUCUGUAGACUUUUCGAAAAAUAAACCCAAAUUUGAAAACAUAUGAUGAAAAUAUGAGCAUUUUUCAAUUAAAGCAACUAUUUACCUUAGAUCCCCCCCCCUCCCACCCAAACAAUGUUGGUUCAAUUAAAGUGGAUUUGCAACACAUGUCACCUAAAUACCAACAUUGUAUAAGGGGAGAUGGGGAUAAAGUAUGAAAAUUUAAGAAGUCUAGUAAUUAAUUUUUUUUUCCAGGAUUGUAGUUCAAAACUAUUUUCUAUCUUUCAGUACAAGAAACCGGUAGAAAUUAUGGAACAAGAAAGAUUGAUAUUAAAAGAACUCGAGAACAACAAAACGUCUCGGGAAGGAGAUAUACAAUGUAACCCAAGUUAACAAAAACUUUAAAAGAAAACAUUUAAUGUACUUUUUCAUACCACGCUAACUUAUUGUAAAUAUCCUCAUAAUUUAUAUGUUGGAGCUGCUUGUAUUAUUUUAGAAUGAAAUCUAUUAGAGUUUGAAAUCAUUGUUGUUGG